AUGGUCUUCAAAAGGUGUAUCAGUAUAUUAGUAUCAAAGGCAUCAAAUGAUACAACUUUAGCAGCUGAUGUCAGCAUGUUAGAUGUGGAGCAUGUAAUUUCAAGAUUUCAAGGCUCAGAACAAUAUGCAAAAGAGCUUGCGGCUAUGAUAUGUCCUUUAGUUUUAGUCAUGCCAAAGAAAUUAGCACAUACAAAUGAUAAUGAGAUCCUUCUUUGCAUAGAGGUCUAUAAUCACAAAUGCUCAUGGGUUAAGAAUCAAGAAAUCUUGGUUCUUGGACAACAAUUAUUAACUGAACUGAGAGACAACAUAUACUGUUCAACUGAUGAGAUUAUGAAGUUAACCAAAAAGCAUACUCCAUCUGGAUAUUUCCUCAUAGAAGAUAUAUUUUACAAUGAUUUAGGGGAAAGCAAAGUUGUAGACUAUAGUAAACCCAUACUCGAUUGGAUUAGAGAAUCAAACAAGAUUGCAACAAAAAAUGGGAAUCCAUCGCUAUCUUUAUUGCUGUCAAAACCUGCAAAGGGUGUCGAGAAAACCUUUGAUCUUCUUUCUCUUCUUGAUAAAAUCCUUCCAAUCUACAAGGAAGUGAUUGCUGAGUUAAAGGAAGAAGAUUCCAAGGGUAUUUCCGUAAAUUCCAAUUGUUUGGAUGAUGGGUGCUCUUUAUCAUGUGGCAGAGUUGAAACUCUCUCCCUGUUCCACGCCCUCGGGAAAUUUCAUUAUAACAAAAGAGAAACAGGGAACACAACUGUAUCUGGUACUUCAUUUUCAAAGGAAAGGAGCCGGCUCGAUUGCAUCGCAUCACACUAUGGUUUUUCCGCACAUGAGAUAUUUGGGAUUACACUCUAA